GUUAUGACCUUAGCUCAGAAUGGUGGCCAUCCGAUUCCAAAGAAACGUAUGCCUCUUACGCAGAAAUCAGAGAUGAAUCGGGAUUUCGGUCGUCAAGUGUGGGCGCCGGAUGCUAAAGAAGGGUAUGUGCUGGGAACACUUGAUGACAUUGGCACAGAAGAGAUAACCGUCGUGCGGAAGGACGGCCACGGCCAGAUCAAAGCGAGCUAUGAUGAAGUUUUUCCGGCCGAGGACGAUCCGAAAAAAACUGUCGACGAUAACUGUGCACUGAUGUAUUUAAACGAGGGAACCCUCCUCAACAAUUGUCGACAACGCUAUUCAAAAAAGCAAAUUUAUACAUAUGUUGCCAAUAUACUCAUAUCUAUUAACCCUUACGAAGAAAUCGAAAAUCUUUAUUCAAUUGAUACAAUCAAAAAAUAUCGAGGGAAAUCAUUAGGACAAAUGCCACCGCAUGUUUAUGCAGUUGGUACCUUUGCGAGAAUUGGGGAGCAGCAGCCGGUCCCAUUCAAAAGCGCAUACUUGAAAGUUUGUUUUGAUUUAUUGCCUUUUUUCUUUGAAUUAGGUUACACUAACGAGUUCCGAGCGAAUCCAAUUCUGGAAGCAUUUGGCAAUGCCAAAACGCUCCGAAACAACAACUCGAGUCGAUUUGGAAAAUUUGUUGAAAUCCAUUUUGGCACGGAUGACAAAGUUGCUGGAGGCUACGUAUCCCAUUACCUUCUGGAGAAGUCGAGAGUGUGUCGGCAGGCUGAUGGCGAACGAAACUAUCAUAUCUUUUAUCAGUUGAUUGCUGGAGCUCCGGAUGACCUGUACAAGAGGCUCAGACUUGCUCCUCCCGACAAAUUUAAGGCUCGCAAAUCCGGUCUGUUGGUCGAUGCCAUCGUUGACGAUGCAGCCGAUUUUUCCCAUCUGACAGAUGCUCUCGGAAGAGCCGGACUUACCAAGGAGGAGAUUGGUGAUAUAUGGCGUACGGUAGCAGGAGUGUUGCAUUUGGGGAAUGUGGAAUUUGAUGAAAAUCCCAAUGACAAUAGAGGUGGUUGCAUGGUGGAUCUGGGAAGUGAACAAGCUCUGACCAUCGCCUCCGAACUGCUUGGCCUGGAAGUUUCCGAAAUGAAAAUGGGCCUUGUAUCAAGGAUUAUGCAGGCGACGAAAGGCGGAGUCAAAGGAACCCUUAUAAGGGUGCCGCUAAAACCUCACGAAGCUGCCGCUGGACGAGAUGCACUGGCGAAGGCUUUCUAUUCGAAGCUGUUCGAUUGGCUAGUGUCACGAAUCAAUAAAUCGAUUCCGUUUGAGAAAAGUGUCAGCUACAUCGGUGUACUUGACAUAGCUGGAUUUGAAUUCUUUGAAGUGAACUCAUUCGAGCAGUUCUGUAUCAACUACUGUAACGAAAAACUGCAGAAUUUUUUUAAUGAGCGUAUUCUGAAGCAAGAGCAGGAGCUCUAUGCCAAAGAAGGGCUAAAUGUGCCGAAAAUCGACUACUCCGACAAUAAUGACUGUAUUGGUGAGUUUUCCAUUAAGUAG